GCAAAAAGGGCAAGAGGAUCAGAGGAGUUACCGUGAUCCAUUGUUGUUCUCUCUCUAAGUUUUGUUUCGGCUCUCUCUCUAGAAUUUUCUAUCUUCUUAUUCUCCCUCACAAAUUAGGGUUUUUGCGAAUCUCCUAUUCUCUGAAAUCGAAUCCAACGUUUCAGCCAUGGUUUCCGAUUCAAUCGCCGCCGCUCUAAUUCCUUCUGCCGCAAACACUAAGAACCCUGGGAAGAAGAAGAGGACCAACAGGUCCGCGAAAUUGAAGCAGUAUAAGAUUGACGCUCGUCGCGAGCAAUGGUUAUCUCAAGGUGUAGUGAAGAGCAAGGGAUGCAAGGACGGAGUGGAUGAUGACGGCCAAGCGCCGCCAUCGCCAGCCUUGAAACACAGCAAACGCUCGUUGGAGCCACUAAACACGAGGCGUAGAGGCGAAGAAGACGAUGUGUCGAUCCAUCAUGACAGCGAUUCGGAAUCGCCGUCUAACCGUACCACUGGCGUUUUAUGCGGUAACGAUUCCGGCACAAAUUUCACCGGCAGCAGCAGUGGUGGCAGUAGCAGCAGCAGCAGCAGUAGCUCUAGCAGCGGCGGGUGCUGUUCGGGGAAUAUCACUGAAGAAGAAGAAGAAGAAGAAGAAGGGGAAGAAGAAGAAGAAGGUGAUGAUGGAUGCUUGGAUGAUUGGGAGGCUGUGGCAGAUGCUUUAGCCGCUGAUGACAACCAUCAAAGCCCUUGUUCGGAUUCGCCUCCAGUGGUGGAAACUAUUUUGCCAUGUGAAGUGAAUAGCGGGUCGAGUUUAGAAUCUCCUAAUUCUAAACCUGAGAGUGGUAGAUUAGUUCCUUGGGCUUCUGGUAAUAGCCGAGCUUGGAGGGCCGAUGAUGCUUUUCGCCCUCAGAGUUUACCUAAUUUGUCUAAGCAGCACAGUUUGCCGAACCCUGAUCGGCGUGGCGGAGGAGGGGUCCCUUGGACUCACACUUCCACGCCAUCCUCGUGUCCCAUAUGCUGUGAGGAUCUCGAUUUGACGGACUCAAGUUUUUUGCCUUGCCUUUGUGGGUUUCGGCUUUGCCUCUUUUGCCACAAGAGGAUUCUUGAGGAGGAUGGUCGUUGUCCGGGGUGUAGGAAGCCUUAUGAGUGUGAAUCUGUCGUUGAGACAGAGGCUAGUGUGCAUGGGGGAAGCCUCACUCUUCGGUUGGCUCGUUCGUGUAGCAUGAUCGACAGGUCUUGAGAGAUUCUCUGUUUUCGUGAGCUGUGUAUGCCGCGGUCUCUCCUUUUUUUUUUUUCUUUUGCAUUGUCGCAUUGUCUGUAUUUUAGGUCGAAAUAUCUAAUUUUCUAGGAUGGCGUAGUUGGUUUUAGGGCUAUGAGUUUUUGAGCACCGGUAAAUCAAGUUGUUUCUCAUUUGGUCUUAUGGUGCAUGUGAUAAUGUAGAAUACUCAUUUCGGUAUGUGAAUACAUAAGGUGGUAUAGAAAUUGAAUACGUUGAAAAUGGUUAGAUCGUCAUGUGCCUUGUUUACUUUAUGCUUCCAUUGACUUCAUGUUGUAUGUACAGUUUCUGUACUCCAAAUUCUAAUAAUUCUAUGUUGAACAUCACGUUUAAC